UUACAGCUGGGGCGUGGUUAGAUAUCUUGCCGAAUUAUCUCAUAGCAGGCUCCUAUAAACACCACAAAGACUGGUUUAGAAGCUAUCGCCGUCUCCGAGAAUAAAAAUGGACCAAAAGACAAUUCAGGCACUUGUCAUUCUGCUUUUGUACCAAAACAUCACUUCAGGAGCUAGUAAGGAUGGACAGAUCAUCACAAAGGGCUCAUCUGUUACUAUCACUUGUAAACCAUCUGCGCCAGGCAGUUUGCUCAUGUGGUUUCGAGCGGUGGACAACAAGGGUUUGGAGUUCAUCUUAACUGUCAAUAGCAAGGGCGAGGUAAAGGGGCGCUCUGAUUCCAUCUCCAUCUUCAGUGAACACAAAAUAACGGAAAAUAUCUUGGAAUUGAAGUCAUUCGAGGCAUCGCGCGAUAGUGGCAUGUAUAGCUGUGCAUCACUCAACAGCAACAAGUUAAGUUUUGGUCCAGUGACACGACUUGUUGGAGAAACGGUUAAAGCAACAACACGUGCACCAAUCGUCACCACCCAAACGACUUCCACAACUACCACGGCCUGUGUUUGCCACAAGAAGCCAGAGGAGAAGAAUCCCUCUAUGUCGUGUAAUCCCAUCAUACUGGGCCCACUGGCUGGUGGCUGUGGCCUUCUUCUGCUGCUCCUCAUCAUCACCAUCUGCUAUUGCAACCGGAUAAGGACACGGAGAUGUCCUCACCAUUACAAAAGAAAGCCGCGGAUGCCUCCAGGAAAACAAGUGAUGCCUAACAGACAUGUCUGAUGAUCUUCGUUUGUACUAUAUCUUGUAAUGUUCUCGCUUCAGUUGGGUUUCUGGUGUUGAUUUAUUACUUUAGGGGAUGCAAAAUAUUGCUUUAAAUAGGUUAUAUGUCAUCAGGCAAAGACGUUGAACGAUGCAGUUUACAGUUUACUUGCAGCAGGCCCUUUGCCGUUUAGCACAACAAUUACAAAGUUCUUACAAUUUAGAAAGAAAGAAAGAAAGAAUCAAAUACUUUCAAAAGUCUUCAGAGCUGAAACAUUUUAGUUUGAAAGCAAAUGGCGCCCUUUACCACCGGAGCACGGCGCUUUCAGAUUAACCGGCUGUUCAGAUUGCGACAUGUAACACAGAAUUUAUAUUUACCUAAUCCCUGUAAAUGUUAAUAAUAAAUACUAGCAAAUGUGUUUGCAUCUGGACACUGUGUGCGCAUAUUAAAAAUUAAGAUAGAGCACUCUGAUGUCUGUUCAUUUGCAGAAUGUAAAGAAAAGUAGAUGCAAAAAUUGUGGAUGGCAUUUUUGUAUGCAUGUUAACUUUUUCAUUUAUUA